ACAACUUCUGCCAUCAAGAAAACGCGCUCGACGUCACCGGCAGCGAUGGCGCCUCGGUGGCAGGAGUGGCCCUAAAGCCCUCUCCAAUCGCCUUUUCAGUUUUUUUUAAUAUACGUCGGGGCGUGUGCUAUCUUUGUUGUCGUUUGUAAAUAGCCGCGUGUAAGACAACUCUCUGUAAAUACGCGCCGAUUUAUAUUCGCACGACUCGUCGAGUGCGCUCCCGAUUUUUUGUUUUAAAUGGGAGGCCUUUCCUUCUUGAGAGUCGCUCUACUGCCGCUACUGCUCGCCAUCGUCACGUCGGCGGCCGGUGCCACCCUGCAGAGACACGAGCGGCGCCUCCUCAGGGACCAAGUUUUGGAGAUGUUUGACCAUGCCUAUGGCAGCUACAUGAGGUACGCGUACCCGGCCGACGAGCUGAUGCCCCUCAGCUGUCGCGGCCGCGAGAGGGGCAAGGAGCCCAGCCGGGGGGAUGUGGACGACGCCCUGGGGAAGUUUUCCCUGACGCUUAUUGACUCUUUGGAUACCCUUGUGGUGCUGAACCGUCUCGAUGAGUUUGAGGACGCGGUGCGCAUGGUCGUGCUGGACACGCGGCUCGACCACGACGUCGUCGUCUCCGUCUUCGAGACCAACAUUCGCGUGCUCGGCGGGCUGCUGGGCGGGCAUGUGAUGGCUAUGAUGCUGCAGGAGAAGGGCGAGCGCAUGCAGUGGUAUAGCGGGGAGCUGCUGCACAUGGCAAAGGAGGUUGGCUACCGCCUGCUGCCGGCUUUCAACACCUCUAGUGGCCUGCCCUACCCACGAGUGAACCUCAAGCACGGCAUGGUGCGGCCGCAGUCCAGGACGGGCGUGGAGGUGGACACGUGCACGGCGUGCGCGGGCACCAUGCUGCUGGAGUUUGCCGCUCUCAGCCGCCUCACAGGGGACUCCGUGUUUGAGGAUCAUGCACGCAGGGCCAUGGAUUUUCUGUGGGACAAGAGGCAGAGAGGCAGCAACCUGGUGGGCACAGUCAUCAACAUCCACACGGGUGACUGGGUGCGGCGAGACAGUGGCGUAGGAGCGGGCAUUGACUCGUACUACGAGUACCUGUUCAAGGCUUACAUCUUACUGGGUGAUGACACCUUCCUGGAACGAUUCAACAUUCACUACGAAGCCAUCAUGAAGUACAUCAGCCAGCCGCCACUCCUUCUAGAUGUCCAUAUGCACAAGCCGACGCUGAAUGCCAAGACGUGGAUGGACGCCCUACUCGCGUUCUUCCCUGGUCUGCAGGUGCUCAAAGGGGACAUCAGGCCGGCCAUCGAGACCCAUGAGAUGCUGUACCAGGUGACACGGCGACACAACUUCCUCCCGGAGGCCUUCACCACCGACUUCCGCGUUCACUGGGGCCAGCACCCACUGAGGCCGGAGUUUGCCGAGAGCACUUACUUCCUGUUCAAGGCAACAGGUGAUCCCUAUUACCUGGAAGUUGGCAAGUCCAUCGUGGAGAACUUGAACAAGCUAGCACGCGUGCCGUGUGGAUUUGCCGCGAUGAAGGACGUCCGGACCAGUAGCCAUGAGGACCGUAUGGACUCGUUUUUCCUGGCCGAGAUGUUCAAGUACUUGUACCUGCUGUUUGCGGAGAAAGAAGACCUGGUGUUUGACAUCGAGGCCUACGUGUUCACCACAGAGGCUCACCUGCUACCCCUCUCACUGUCCGUCAGCAACGCCAACAACAGCCGCAACAGCACGGGCAAUGCGUUCGCCAAUUCGGACGAUGGAAGCUCCGACUGGGCUUGCCCCAACUCGCAGGUGCUCUUCCCAAAUGACCCCACCUUUGCCCAGACGCUCCGCGAGCCGUUCAAGAACGUCGUGGAUGAAGUUUGCCCAAAGCCAAAGCAGCAACAGGAUUCUCCGUCCCUGCCGGCAGCCAGCCCUGGGACUGAACCUCCUCUCCGGGCGCGAGACUUCCUGGCCACCAACCAGGAGCACGUGGACCUCCUCAAGAAGAUGGGCAUCAACAUCAUUCAGCUGCCGGACGGGAGGGUGCAGCUCGUGCAUCACGCUUCUCAGGCCGCAAACUCGCGGGACGCGGCGGACGGCCUCCGCUUCAUGCAGGAGAUGAUGGACCUGUCCAACCAGCAGAAGGAGGACCUGCCGCCCCGCGUCGUGCAGAUCAUGUCUCCCCCGUUCCUCGGGCGGAUGGUUUUGACUGCUGGGCCUGCGCAGUUCGGAGUGGACCUUGCCAUUGUGGAAAAAGGGGUGCAAGCACUGGUGGCAGUGGGGGAGCCCUUAAGCGGGUGCUCGGAGUUGGUGAACGGCGACGCUGUCGUAGGAAAGAUCGCGCUGCUGCAGCGGGGCCAGUGCAUGUUCGCGGAGAAGGCGCGCAACGUGCAGCUCGCGGGCGGCGUCGGAACCAUUAUCAUUGAUGACACAGAGGGCAGCAGCAGCGACACGGCACCGUUCUUCCAGAUGGCGGGUGACGGCAAGAGCACGGACGAUGUGGGCGUUCCUCUGCUCUUCCUCUUCCACAAGGAGGGACGCAUCCUGCUUGAGGCCCUGGCCCGGGGCCCCCUCGAGGUUCUCUUGGCAAGCCGUGCCCAGCCUCUCGGUGGCAGCAAGGAAAAUCAGCAAGGGGAAAGUGCCGAGCAGUCCGGAGAGAUUUUGGCGCAGUGUGAAAACCACCAACUCUCGCGAACUCUGGACCUUGCCCAUGCGGCCAAUGCAGCGGCCAACCCCAGCGAUGAUGGUGCGCGGUCUGGCCAGCAAGAUCAGGAAUUACCCGCAGAGGACGCAGGGAGGCCCAGGAGAGAGUCCGAGGAAGGCGAUGGUGAAAAUGACUCUUCUGUGAUAACCUGUGACGAGAGGCACGCGGCUUGUGAUACCGACACAGAUGGCGAUGGCACAAACGAAGGAGUAGGUGGUGGCGGUGGUGGCAGCUGUGACGGUGGAGAUUGUGGCGGUGAUCGUGGUGAUGCUGACGGUUCGGCAGAAGAGGUUGAUAGGAUAGAAUCAUCGAGUGAGGAGCUGGACUCAGACUCUGAGAAAGAUCCCACCGAGAAUUCAAGCGAUUCCGUGGGCAGUGACUGGACAGAGGAGUUAGAAGCUUUCGCGGAGUAUGCAAGAGACGAAUUAUGACACCCGCAAGGAACGUCGCGGUUUGCACAGGACCUUGUUUCCUAUAAUACUUACAACUGUUCCAAAUAAUGGUUUACCAUUGUAUCUCAGGGCUGUCUUAGGAUUUAAGGCUGGAUGCAAUGUUGCCACUGAUUGGUGGUAGAGGAAAAAAAAAAUAGAGGAGAUAUUUUCUUUCUCAUCGGUGGUGACUUUGUAAGUAUUAUCUUCCAAUCCGAAUUAAGAGGUAACCGCGUGAUUUCCCCCCCCCCACCCCGAAAGCAUUGUGUAUAAUAUUGUACAGUGCUCUUUGUAGCAUCGCAAAUGUGAUAAAAUAAAACGUGUAAAUAGAGUUUUUUGUUCCAGAUGAAAGAUGCAUUGAAAAGUUAAAUUUUUAAGUAAUGAGAUUUGAUUUCAAAUGCAUUCUCAGCAAUUUUGUCUCAUUUACAUUGGAAUGAUUCUGUGCCUUUAAACACCUGUCGUAUGUAUGCGAGUGCUGCACACGUGCGUUUGUGCCUCGCGGUGUUGUGUUGUCACACAGGUACUGUGCGGUUCAUGAGCGAGCAACGUGAUGCGGUGGAGACACGUGUACGUGCGUUCGCUUUGUAUUGAGCUCAAUGAACUCCUUGCUGUGCCAUGCCAAUAUGAAUGCACGGAAAUGCUGUUGGGAUGUGACGAAACGCCUCCAUUGUCAGUGGUGACCGGAUGGCCUAAUGGUCAGUGUAUGCUUCUCACACUGAGCCAGCUUGCAAGGUGUCUAAUGUUGCUUGUGAAAGGAUCACUCCACAAACAAGCAUUGUGGUGGCACUUAUGCCAACAGAUGGCCCUCAGCCAGCAGUGAUAAUUUCAACUAUUACUAAAUUAUUAAAACAACUAUUUUUAUUUUACCAGGUAAGGCCCACUGAGUUGUACUUUAUUAGAUAAAGCACACUGAGAUAUUUAGCUAUUUUUCAGAAGCCACAAAUGGCUUAUCAUCACAUGGAAAUGUAUAGCAGCCAAACUCUAAACACAUGUUUGUAAAUGUGGAGGGAACAACCGCAGGACAUGGAGAAAAAUCCACGUGACCACGGGGAGAGAACGCGCAAACUCUAAAUAUACAGGCGUUGAGGUCAAUCAAACCCACAACCUGCAUACCAGGCGCGGCAGGUAACAUCUCGCCACUUUGACGCAUAAUUUCAUAUUCUUAUGGCAGAGGCCAGUCCUUCCAUACAACAACCAAUGUUAACUGAAUCGACCUUGUAGAGAUGAUGACCUAAGUUCACUCUUGAUAGGGAUGCAGCUAGCAACCCAGCAAUUUCUUCAGAGUGAUGAGAGGACUCUGUCUAAUAUGUACGAUGAAGACCCGAUCACAUUUCUAAUGGCUCACCAGUCAAUGCUGUCAUGGUCCAAUUCCCAUGGUGCAGAUGACUAAUAUUACUCGUUUCACGUGUGGGUGUUUGCUACCUGCCACAGAUGACCAACCCCACAGCCAAGUUUGCCACCGUGCUUUUAGACUGUACUGUGAAUUAUGGUCUAUAUAUAUAUUAAUUGAAUAUAUAUUUAUGAGAUUUGAUGUCGUAUUACUUGGCAAAAGGCAUGAAAUUAAUUGAAAUUAAAUACUUCACCUGCUGGAUUGAAAUACACUGAGGAAGUUUAUUGAUUUUCUUUUUCAGUGUUUCCGUGAAUUUAUAUUGUCUUGGUUCACUGCCAGCUGGGGCCAACAAAGCAUACGUUUGUUUCCUCUGGCAGUUAAACAAGUGACUUGGUCCCUUGCAUGUGGUUCAGUUCACGUCGUGCAGUGUGUAAGAGGCAUUACGUUAACAUUACACCGAGAGCUGAUUGAGUGUUGUAGUCGGCACUAUUAAAAUUGGAAAAUCACAUUUUGGCAGAGAAACGAUAUGACACUUCGGUGAGUGGUUUGGGACUGACCGCCUAAGUUAAGGUCACUGCCCUCCCAAUAUUAUCGAGUCUUGAAUCGAAUUUUGAAGCCCGUUUAUGAGUCUUGUUUGAGCUCUUGUUACUCUUUUAAGAGCCGAGAGGUCAAAGACGACGCGGGAUUUGCAGGUGCUUGCUUUGCUGCUGCUGCUGCUGCCACCAACACUAUCAUUGAAAUACAAUAUGCAAGUGAACGAGCCUGCAUUUGUAUUAACCCUUUCCUUAUGGCGUCCUUUGGGCUUCACUUUUACACACGUCCGCGAAAUAGGAAUGUGGAUUUACUAAAUGCCAGUAGGCACUGCACCGCAUUAACUUUUGUAAUGACGUUCCUUCUUAAAUGAUUGUCACAGUUGUGAAAUAUAUUUCUGCGCAGCAACUGUUUUUCUCCAUUGUAAAAUGUGAUGAUUGGGUCUAUGGAGUCUCAAGUGGGUUUUUAUACGCGGAAAUCAUUACGGAGAGUCACAAAGUUUUCAGUGCAAUUUGUAUUUCUCUUCAAAUUCAUGUAACCAAUUUAGAACCUUGUUCAAAAGCUUAACUAUUUCCUUCAAACCUACAAUGCAAUACUGAUGUCAAAAUCAGUAGUCGGGAGGGGAAAACUAAUUUUGAGAUGCAUGAUAAAAAUGUCAAUUCCAUAAAGCCAAAUUGUACAUUCUUUAAAAGAGAUGACUGGUGUUUUAAUGGACAGGUGUGUGAUCAGUGCAACAUUUCAAGUAAAAAAAUCACUUGUUCAAUUCGAAGUUUGAAAACAGCUGCAUUGGCAUGCGUUCUUAUUUACAUAUGAAUGGGGGCCAGGAAUCUUAAAAGAUGUUCCAUGGUGACGCCAGCUUUCGAAGAAUGGUGAAUGAACGUGUAGAUACAUUAUUUCAAGUCAACGAUGUGAGGGUUUUCUGCUUAAAGACGGAGCUUAUUUGUUGAAUGUUGGAAAUGAUCCGUCAACCCUAAGUUACGCGGAGCCUGCAAAAUUGCACAAAAAUUUACCCCAGUUUAAAACUAGUGAUUUCAGAGAAUUCAUAGAGGAGCAUUUUUAGGUCUGGGUUAUUUUUCGUUAACUUGUGUAUACUAUGAUUAAAUUAACUAAAGUAUAGCACUUGCCACUAUUUGGACCAACUUUUUUAAUCGUAGCUAGGGACCAGUGUAAAAUGGUUUGAAACAACUCAUUAAGGGUUAGGUUUUGUAAGCACUACAUUAGCCAGGAAUUGACCUUGAUCCCAUUGCUGUUAUCCACACUUCAUAUAGACUUAGCUUUAAAGUUGCAUGUACAUUUUAACAUGAAUUGUUACAUAUAUGUAGAAAUUUGCCUGACAGCACUUCUCACACGUAUCAAUAAUUUAAACACAUGAGAUUUUAACUAUUUAAGUAUUCUUAAUUUAGGAGUAUGUGGUGUUGUAAAUAUGCAGGCUUUACUAAAUGCUGACCUUCAACCCCGCCGACCUGUUCAUCAACCAGUGUAACGUAAUAAUACCACAUGCAAAAUAUCUCUAAAAUUUGUUCAUCCUGGUGUUGUAAUUGUAUCUGUUACAAAUGGCAAACGGACAACUAUCGCCAGUGUUUUAAUCACAAUUAAAAAAAUUUACUUUUUUAUGCCUAUGCUGAAGAAUGAAAGCUCACGUUUGCAAGUUUCAAAUCACGUUGGUAUCCUACAUGUUCUAUUUUAAAUUGGUAUGCGUUAAAUUUGCUGACCCAACUAUGCUGAUGCAUGUCUUUCUCCAUCGUGAAUAUAAAAUCAUGAUAAAUGGAGACUUCCAAGACAAACUGUGUAGGAGGUAAAACGUCUCAAUGGUCAUGUCUGGCUGUACUCCAGACUCGUCCCAGCCAAUCAUGAAAGAAGGACGGUUCAGAAUCAGAAUAUUAAAUUAUAAUGGAGGAAUCCUAUGAUCUAUAAAGCUCUUUUCCACAUGUCCAGUUGGGCCAGAGUAGAACGUUACAACAUCGAACAAAUACAGUUUUUCCUCGAUGUGUUUUUAAAAAAACAUGUGUUUAUAGUUUGACUUAACUGAUAGAAUUGUCUGGUUAUUCUUUUAUCAAAUGUCAAAACGUAAAAUGAUGAAAAUGCCAAAUAUGUUUUUGUGUUUAUUAAUUUGAUGUUUCUGUUAUGUAACUACGAGGAAUAGCUACGUGUUGCGGAACGUUCAGAGGUGUUAGUGCCAUAAUUGUUUCUAAUUAUUUAUCAGGUGCAUUAAUGAACAACUGUUAAUACGCACAAUUGAUACGUGCUUGAUAACUCCAGCCUAUGCUUAAUUAGUAAAUCAACAGGGUUGCAUGCGGUAAUCGGUGUGUGACAGAGGACUCAAGAUUCCCUUUUAACAUGGUACACCCCUAAAUGCCUUUAUUGCACAUGUUACUAAUAUGUGGAAUGUACCAUUUGUGGGGAAGUCUCAUCUCCGCCUGUCCAUCCGUUGCAUGCCCUGUUGGUUUUCCUCCACUUUGGUAAAAUAAUAACAUUAAGCAAGAGUGCAAUAUAUAAUAUCGUUAUUGAACAUUUUGUUGCUUAUGAAUUGCUUUCAAUAGUCAGUUUGAGCUACUGGUGACGAUAAUGAGCUGCAUUGUAUGGGCUCGCAUGCUUGAAAGUCUUGCCGCAUCAACUCGGUGUGUUAACACAAUGCUGAUUUCAUUUGAAAAGCACACCGAUCCAUUGAUCUGUAUUUUCUACAGAUAUCAGAUCUACUCAACCAUUCAUGCAGUCAAUGCAAUGUGAUUGUGGUAUAUUUGUGUAGCAGAAAAAAAGAUGUUAAUGUGGCUUUUGAGUGAUGCUUUGGCUUCUGUAUAAGUUGUUUUAAAAAUGAAAACAAGAAAAUGUGUUUAUAUUCCAUGUAUAUUUUCUUUGGUUGAUUUAUCUCCCUUUUAAUUGGGAAUUAUAACAAAGUGUGAUAUAUGGUAUUUAAGAGUUUAUGUAUAUGGGUGUCUGCUUUACGUAAACAAAACUUUGUACAUGACGUAGCUCAGUGUAAUAUGCAAGGCCUAUCUGUUGUAGGCUUUACAUAUACUAAGAGUGAUAACUUCUCGGAUUACCAUUGAAGCCCUUCUCUACGGUUUAGCUUGCCAAGGGUACCAAAUAUUGAUUGCUGGAAAUGAUCGUUAUCAUAAGCCAUACUGCCAUAAAUCGGUGCUGUGUCGAUGCAUUCCGUCGCACCCUCAUACAUCCCGAUUACAUCUGUUUAAAAAAAUGCAUAUUUACAUAACAGACUCCCAAGUCUGUGUAUAUAUGUGUGUGAUUGGAAGAUGCUGUUCACGGUCCCGUAAGGGGGAUGUGACUCAUACACAUUGCUUAUGAAACUUCCUACCUGUUCAGAUGAGUGGCUGGAUGUAGCCUAAGGUACACAGCCUAAACAUUCGUGUAAUAACUGGCUAGGUGGCGCUGUGCUUAGCGCGCGCGACUUGUAAACAGAAGGUUGCUACUUCAAAUCCUGGUCCGGGGUUGCGGGGUGGGUUAACUCAUCCAUUGGAUUUUAAAAUGAGUACUUCUUUGUGGGAAGUCAGCAGUGGUUGUCCUGUGGGAUGACUGGUCCCCCCACCAAAUAAAUGCAUCAUUGUUCCACAAUGCUCACGACCACAGGGUUUGGACACUGCUUGUUAAAAUGGGGGCAAAAUCAUUGCCAUUGUUUCCAGUGGCCAGCAAGCUCAUCAUUGAGCCAGUUUGCAUUCACAUUGCCGAGUCAUGAGUGGGGAAUUACCAACAUGCCGUGGGAGUUUAAGACUCACAACUUUCAAUAGUAGACCAUUGUGUGCCCCCAUAUUGCAGGCAGAUAUUGGCCGUUGUAAAAUUAGAAGCAAAAAUAUGACAGUAAUAUGCAACACUUCAAAUGAAUGAAACUUCUAAUAGGGUACAUUUUUGUUGCAGCAGUCAAUUGAUCGAGGUGGAGAGCUGGACCGUUGUGGGAAAAGUAAAGAGCACCUUAGUGCAAGUAGCUGUGUGCCCCACUGUCCAUUGCAUUUAAAGGGUGAUCAAUGAAUACUGGUGGGAAUUGUCUGACUCUGCUGGCAGUUAAUGAUGCAGCUGCAUUUUGCAGUGUGUUAUGGACGGGGCUUUUUCUCACAUGGACUGGAAACGUAGUUUUAUUGCCAUAUGUGUCUACAAUUGCUGGGUUCCAUUGCUUCCUUUACCACUUUAUUUCGUGGCAUAUGACCUUCCCGCCUGGGAUUGACUGUUUACUGUAUUAAUAACAUACAAUUAAAGUGUAUUAUAGUAUAUAAUAUGUACAGCUACUGUUUGUCUGGGAUGUAUUUUUUUCCCCAAUGACUUGCAGCUUUAAUAAACAAAAAAUUACAACAAAGCAUUUCAAAAUUGU